GAGUUGAGAGUUGAGAGUUGAGAGUUGAGAGUAGAGUUGGGGGCGAGGGUGAGUAUUGAGUAAAGGGAUGGCGAAAGAGGAAGAUGUGGUUGUUGUAGAUGGUGCCGUUGACUACAGAGGUGGAGCAGCCAUCAGAUCGAAAUCAGGGUCGUGGAGAUCCGCUGGGUUUAUCAUAGGUGUGGAAGUGGCGGAGAGGAUUGCGUAUUACGGGAUUCAGGGGAACCUCAUAUCCUAUCUCACUGGACCACUUCGUCAGACUACGGCCACCGCCGCUGAGAAUGUCAAUGUAUGGUCUGGAACUGCUUCCUUGCUUCCUCUAUUUGGGGCUUUUCUCGCUGAUUCUCUCCUUGGACGCUACCGCACUAUAAUACUCGCUUCCCUCAUCUAUAUUCUGGGACUAGGCUUGUUAACACUAUCAGCUAUGCUUCCUUCUCUCACCAAUUCUGAGUGCGAAGACAGCAAUAAAUUAAAAUCAUGCUCUUCUCAGUCGCAAGUAAUCUUGUUCUUUGUGGCUCUUUAUUUGGUCGCCAUUGGACAGGGUGGACAUAAGCCCUGUGUUCAGGCUUUUGGAGCAGAUCAAUUCGAUGAACAACAUCCAAAGGAACAUAAAGAUAGAAGCACAUUCUUUAAUUGGUGGUAUUUUACUAUGUGUGCAGGUUGCCUUGCAACUCUUUGGAUCUUGAACUAUAUACAAGACAAUCUUAGUUGGGUUCUUGGAUUUGGAAUUCCUUGUAUUGUCAUGAUUAUUGCAUUGCUUGUUUUCUUGCUUGGAACAAUGACCUAUAGGUUUAACGUUAAGCAGAGUGACAAAAACCCCUUUCUAAGAAUCGGCCGUGUAUUUGUUGCUGCUAUAAGAAAUCGGCAAACCACCCUAUCAAGCACAGUUGUCAAAGCAGAACAUGGUGGAAUGCUUCCUAAUCAAAGUUCUGAACAAUUCGAGUUCCUGAACAAAGCAUUGUUAGCGGCAGAGGAUUCCAUAGAAGAGGAGAGUACUUGUAGCCUUAGUGAGGUGGAAGAAGCAAAAGCAGUACUGAGGCUGGUUCCUAUUUGGGCUUCAACUCUGGUUUAUGGUGUGGUGUUUGCUCAAGUUCCUACGUUCUUUACCAAGCAAGGGGUUACUUUGGAGAGAACAAUAUUUCCCGGUUUUGACAUACCUGCUGCUUCUCUUCAAACACUUAUGACUCUCGGCAUUGUUUUCUUCAGUCCCAUCUACGACCGUCUUUUUGUGCCAAUGGCAAGAGCUAUCACUGGCAAACCCUCAGGCAUCACAAUGCUGCAGAGAAUUGGAACUGGAAUUUUUAUAUCCAUAUUUACUAUAGUUUUUGCGGCCUUUGUUGAGAUGAAAAGAUUAAAAACAGCUAGGGAGUCCGGUGUUGUUGAUGAACCUAAUGCCACUGUUCCAAUGACCAUAUGGUGGCUGAUUCCCCAAUAUUUCUUGUUCGGAGUCUCUGAAGUUUUUACCAUGGUUGGUCUGCAGGAAUUUUUCUAUGACCAGGUCCCAAAUGAACUAAGAAGCAUGGGUCUUGCUCUCUACUUGAGCAUCUUUGGUGUUGGGAGCUUUAUAAGUGGCUUCCUCAUUUCUGUGAUAGAGAAUGUGACUGGGAAAGAUGGACAAGACAGUUGGUUUGCUAAUAAUCUGAAUAAGGCCCACGUUGACUACUUUUACUGGCUACUUGCUGGACUCAGUGCGAUGGGAUUGGCCUUGUUCAUCUGCUUUGCCAAAUCUUACAUUUAUAAUCACAAAGGAAUCAGGCCACACUAGUCAAUUCUUCUCUUCCGUCACUUUUAUCUUCACCAUGUGGAAUGAAAAAUUGUCUUCUGUUUAAGGUACCAGUAUGUAUUUGUAUUUGUAUUGUAUAUAUAUAAACCUUCAGGCCUAGUCAAUAGGCAUUUGCUUUGCCAUAA